AUAUUUAGAUAGUUUCUUGGUAGCUAUUUAUGUAUUUUCAUGUAACUGUUCACUGAUAUCAUGUAGCAAUUAGUAUUUCUUCGUACCCAUUCCGUCCGGAGACUUUCGUCAUGAUUUGCACCACGUGACGUGCAAAGUUUAAUGAAGAGAGCAAUCGGAAAGCAUAAAUGUUGACUGUGAGUGUUCUGUGACCACAAAAUAUAGCUACAUCGGAGUAUUAGUUCCUAUUUCAGAAUGUAAACAUCUCUACACGUGCUUUUCGUGGCUGAACUUGAGGAGGAGAUUUUGAAGGUUAUGCAAUAAGAAGAUUGACUAAGAUAAACCUCCUAACGAUCAAUUAAAGCCACACAUGCCAGGCUCUUUGAACGGCUAUUGGGAAGACGGUUUAAAUCAGGAAGUAUUUCAUUGCCGCUGGUUCCAAACUGCUGCACUUCUCACUGACAUAAGUAAUGUUUUUAAGUGAAAAUCAAAACAGGUACUAACGGCUUAAGAUGUCUGGGAAAUUGAAUUGCAAGCAGUGAAGCUUCAAAACAGUCAACAUGACGGACGCCAUCCUAUUUUUACAAGAGAAGACAUCGUCACGGACUGUGUGUCAAUGUUGCAAAAAAUCGGGAUUUGGAAUUUAGUAUUUUCUAGUGAGAGGAGAGUGUUGUGGGAUUAUGGGAAUGAUGUGCUGUUGGAUGUUUUGGGUGACCAUGAUAGUUGUUUUUUGGUUCAAACACUGCCGAUGCUUUGAAGCGAAUUUAGAUUCAUCAUACUUGUCAUGGAAUUCCACACAACAUAUUACGGAAUCCACCCCCAGCUCAUGGACAACGGAUGAACUGCCGCAAUAUAAAGGACUUACUAGUAUAUCGCCUACACUCAGUACAUCAGAGGAAACAACGCCCAUUGAGUCAGUUUCCUCCAAUUCUAUUUCUCAGAAACGGGAAACCACCCCAAUCGAGACGCAGUCACUGAAUAUAGACUCAGUAUCACCUACAUUAGGAAGUAUAUAUACAUCAUAUUUCAAAGAUCAAUCUCAAAUAAAUUCUAAAGAAACUGAACGGACACAAUUCAAAGAGGACAGUUCAGUCAAAAGUAUAUCAAACAAGUGGUUGGAAACGCAAAAGUUUCAAUAUGUAACAUUGCAACCCUCAGAAAAUGAUUUUUUAGAAUCAAGUCGUACCGAAUCCUCAAAGUUUAUUUUGCAUACUUCAGCGUCUUUAGAUGGGGUGAUUUCAUCUUCUGAAAAGAUUGGCCAAGAAAAGGACCAUACACUGCUUUUGUCUUCCUCCAUGUUUAUUUAUUCCGAUUCCCUAUCGGCACAAGAAAAAGCAUCGGGAGAUAUUCUGUCAACAGCAUCUCAUCCAUUCCUUUCAUCAGCUGACAAAGACACUGCCAUAUCGUCACAGUUGUCAUCAUCUUUAUCAUCAUCAUCACAGAAGAUGUUAUCAGUUCAAAUGAACUCGAUUUCUGCAGAAAUAAGCUACAAAGGGGUCCAAUCACUGGAUUUAACAACCAAUCUAUAUUCCCCAUCUUUACUAAAGACAACAAUUCCCUCGAUAGAACCAUCGUUGUCAUAUUCCUCUAUUGCUACAUCUGAAAUACAAGUAAGAGAAAUUAUCGUUUCGACAAUUGUGAUAUCAAAUGCACGAGAAGAUUUAUUCCCACAGUUACAUGAAAACUUUCACGAUGCAUCUCAUAGUAAAAGUUUGGGAACAACUAAUGAACCUCAAACAUCAAUGAGCGACGAAUUGACCACACACCAAGGUGAACAAAUACCACUGGCUUUGUUUAAGAAAUCAAAGGAUCAAAUUCCAUCCACAAAAUCUGGAAUGUUGCAUACGUCUGUGAACCAUUUCGUUUCAGAGACUCAAGAGACACCAAAUACAAAUCUCAUUUCACCAUUGUCUGACGCAGAGUCAGAUCUAGUGCACAAUUCCGCUUCUUUUGAGAAAUCUAGGACAAAGUUUUUGAGGACGCUCAAUACGCGUUUACUUACAGAAAGUAUUGAAAGUGACCGGUCUGAAUUGUCAACAACGGUCACCAGAGAUUUAGACUAUAGGUCGUCAAUUGAGAAUUCAGAGCAUGUUUCGUCAAAUUUCAGUACAAGUUCUUCCAAUGUACUUUACAUUCCAAGUGCAGCAAGUUAUUCAACAUCUCUAUUAUCGACACAAUUCAUCAAAAACAAUGAAAAAUUUUCAUUAUCGCAAACAACAAAAAUUGAUAUCAAACAGAGUGAAAAUAAUUUAUUUCAUGAAAGGAUGAAGUCUGUUUCCGCUGACGUCUGGAAAACAUCGAUUCCAAAUUAUUCAUCAUUUCAUCUGACUGAUCACAAUAAUGAUAUUCAUUUACAAUCUGAUCAGCUUUCUACUACAUCACUUUACCAUGGCAUGUCCUAUAUGUCUGAUUUGGAGGGCUCAACUGAAUAUCAUUCUUAUUCACCUUCAUUUCAGUUUCUCAGUGAUACCUCUGAAAUUUCUGUCGCACCUUCUUACAGCAAAUUAAGAGUAGAGAGUAAAACUAUUAUUUUAGAAAGUGAAACGAUAGCAAACAGAGAUGGGGAAUAUUCACAAGACGAAACCCUCAACCCUGAACCGAGCAUGGAUUCUGUUUAUUCAUACAAACAUACAACACAUGUUUCCAGUUCUCAUGGACUGAUGUCCGCUGAAACAUUGUCAACCUCCUUGUCGCCAUGGUCAUUGAUCGAUCCAAGUCCAACAUCUUAUUCUUUGAAUCCAACAAGAGUACAAGAAAACGGAAACAGAACUAUUUCUACCCUCACUGGGAGAAAAAAAUUCCAUUCAUCGGAAUCUCAUUCAACACCCAGGCAAACAGAAAGAUUCUCAGCUGUGAACAGUAAUCUACGAUUCAAUGAUCCUAAGACUAUUUAUAAUGAUAUAACCAAUCACAAUUCACUUGUUAUUUCAUCUGAAAAUUUGCAAUCAAUGUAUCUUGUCACAUCUUUGUCAGAAACUAUAUCUGAGCUAGAACAACGAACUGUUCAAUCAGAAGUUGACACAUUGAAUACAAGUUUAUUUCAACCUCAAUAUUCUACCAUACAACCAUCAUUUUUCACCUCAAUACCAGAUCAUUGGGACUUCCAGACCCACGUCACAACACCGUUGCUCUCAUCCAGUGAUAAGUCGGCAGCUGAAUCGUUAUCAAUAGCAUUCAAAACAAGAGAAGAGGCCUAUGAAGACCUGAGUAAACAAACCCUAAAAGAGAUCGUAUCUGCUUCGUCACCUAAUCUUGCGUCACCGAGUUCUCAAUCUCAAAUGAUUAUUUUAUCUCAGAGUAAAAUCGACAACAACUGGGGCCAAAAUGAUACCAUGAAGGACUACAAUGCAUCUCAAUACGAAUUGUGGAAUCAUAAAAGUUAUGACCAAUCUGAAAGUAACUACCUUAAAGUAAUGACCUCCAAGAAUAAAGCACUCACGUUAGAGCUUACUAGUUCGACACAAUACUUCAGGAGCAAUGCUCGAAGCGAUUUUUAUCAUCCAAUUUUAUCACAUUCCAUCACAUCACGUCCAGUUAUAAUUUCCAGUGGGAAUGAACAUGCUGGUCUGUUUCACAUGUCAACAUUACCUGUGGAAAGUACGCAAAUACCACAGGCGACAGAAAUUAUAUCAACAUCUUCCUUCUCUCACCUACAUUCAGAGAUUUCGUAUUCUUUAUCAGAAUUCAAUCAUAUUCGAUCAGCCAGUUUUGACUUUCAAAUUCACAAUACCAAAGAAACAUCGCAAAGUCAAAUUCAGGAAGGUGUUGGAGUUUAUAAAACAUCUACAGCAGCGUUAUCAGUUGAUCCCCAUACAGAAUUUCCCACUACAGGUGGGGAAACGACGAUUCUAAACUCGACAAUCUUUAAGGAUAUUUCGGUGACAUCAUCCCAUGGUAUUAAUGUUUUGACAGAGAAUUCGACAAACAAUGCUGAUGCAAGUACGGUACCAUCUUUUGAGAACACAGGGGUGAAAUAUGUGAUAAAUGAAAGUUCUAUCAUUUCCCUUCAAGCGUCAGUAGGACUACACGUUCCACAUUCUUCGCGGAAUUUGAUGUUAAAGCAAGGUGAUAUAUCAUUACAUAUUCCUGGAGUGCGAACAACAGAAUAUGUUGCACCGUCAGUCGUGGAAAGUUCAGUAAUCUUACAAUAUUCAAUUAUUCAAAGCUCAAAAAUACAUAUAAAUGAUUACCCACGUGUAGUAACCACAGCUGCUCAAUCUCAACAAAACUUUGAAUCACUGUCAUCCAUUUCCAAACAAUCUAUCACAGAAGAUUCUGCCGUGGAAUUCACAAAGAUACCAACUGGUCCUUCAGUAAUUGAUGCAACCUUCGAAGACAGUAUCGCCAUAUCUCCAGUUGAUUUUGAUUCUUCUUUCACUCCACAUACAUCAAGCAACCAUAUACAAAAAGAUUUUUCUGAAACAAACACAGCUGCUCUGUCUCAUCAAAACUUUGAAUCUGCAUCACCCGUUUUCAAAACGUCCAGCAUAAAAGACUUUGCCUCUGAAUUCAUAAAAGUAUCAACAGAUAAUUCUGUAGUUGAUACAUCUUACAUGGACAGCAUCGGCGUGUCUUUGGAUAAAUUUGACUCGACAUUUGUUCAACAUACAUCAGAGCUUCCGCCUGUAAUUGAAGUAUCAUCUGUCGACAUGACCCAAUUAUCAAUGUUUUCAUUUUCAACCAAAAGCGACCCAUUGAGUACUCGAGCAUCUGUGUUCUUACUGUCCAGUUCCCCCAGAUUAGGAACAUCUUUUCUAUCAGAUGGUGUUCAUUCAAAGCUACCCUUUUACAGUAAACGACAGUCUGAAUUGGAAACGAUUUUACCUUCCGUUGAAAAGGUUUCUUCAAGGAAUGAAAAACUGGCCACCACCGUUCUUUCAAUCCCAGAAAUAAGCAAACAGAUGUCCGUAAUGCACACUCAAUAUUUUUCUUCUCCAGCAUCAGAGAGCAUACAAGUGCAGGAAGAGGAAACAAUCAGUGCCGAUUAUUCUUUCCCAAGGAGUAUUCCUGCAAGUUUGCUUACCACCAAUAAUGGUUUUAAGAUGACCAGAAGCACAAUGUAUGCAGAACUGCAUAGUCCUACAGUAAAAACAAAGAUUUUUUCAACUUUGGAACAGUCCAAAAGUAAAAUUAAGAGUGAAAUUGGUACUAAAUCCUCCAAAGGAAAGGUGAUACAUUCAAGUGUUUCCUCUGAAAUUGACAUAUCUCCAUCUGUGUUCGCAGUGUCGUCCACUUCCAUAGUGGUUUAUCCGUUCCCUGAGACCAAUCUGUUGGUCAUCGAAAUAAAUGUUAAAAUAGGCAAUGAUGUUUCUAACGAAAACUUCAAAGUCAAACUUGAAGAGGGUCUGACAACAAUCUAUAUUGAAGGAUUGCAAGAUCGCAAGAAGAGAUAUUCUAUAGAGGAUUCCAGUGGGCGAGGAAAAGAAAGGGGAAUAAAAGUGAAAAUCAAAGAAAUUAAAAGAAAGUUUGGAGAAAGAGUAGAAGUCGUAUUUCUGGUCACUUACGACGGAAUUGUUGUCAGCGCACCUCUGGCAGAAAUGGCGUUUCAGAAGAUGUCCGACGUUGAAAUGAGCGCAAUAUUGGGAUACCCGGUCGUAAUGCCAGUUUCUCGUUUGACUUCAACAACCACACCUCCCUCUGGGCCUGGUGGAUGGGAAGAGCUCUUUCACCCACUGGUGAUUGUGCUUAUUGCAUUACCCACUUCCAUCGUUCUGAUUUCAUCCAUCAUUGCAAUCAUCAUACAGUGUCGUUCGAAAUCUGCACACAGACAUCCUUCUGUUCCGCGUCAGAUGGAAUCACUGUACAAACACAACUUAGUGGUAGACGUGGAAAACGGCGAUGUACGGAACAGAAGAAUUUCUUACGAAUACCCCUCUGAUGACGAAUACAGCAUGGCGUCUUCUGACGUCUUCAAUGAGAUCAAAAGCAAAUAUUCACAGUCAAUGCAUUCCAAAAUCAAAAAUUUUGAAAAGCUCAAUAUCAAAAAUCAUUUCCAUAAUCAGUUGGAAAGAAAACCGAGCGAUGCCUUGACAAAUAAAGUGAAGUUCAGUGUAAGUGGUGAGGAAAGUCAGACAAAUUGUGUUAAGACGGACAGUCAGGAGUGUAACGAUAGCGGAGUCAGCAGUAAUGAGCAGAAAUCUCCUGCUGAAAUGCCUGAUCAUCCAAUCUCAAAAAUGGAAAGUGUACCACAAAUAACAUGUACAAAUACAUCUCAUGUUGCUCAGAAUCAUAAAAAUGGGCAAAAUAAUUUACAGAUUCCUCCAGGCUCUAAAGCCUUGCAAAACCCAUAUCCUGUGAAAAAUAAGACGAAUCUCGUGAAUUUGUCCAGUGAACGUGUGACGUCUUGGGUGUUUUUGGGUGACAGUCCAGGGGUGGGUGACGAUAGUGUUCCACGGGUAUUGCCAGAGAAUCGUGAAAUCCACGAUAAAAUGUUGGAAAGUGACGCCAUCGUACAAAUCAAUCAGGAUUUUAAUUACAUUCCAUCUAAAUGUGACUCUGAAUGCCAAACUUCAAACCAAAAUACAUAUUCUGGUGUUCAAGAUCAUAUUUAUGAAACUCUCGACAAAAAAGAGUCGAAGAAAUCGGACCAAUCAACAGAAACUGAUUCCCAACCGGGUAUCAGUGGCUCAGAUGGAUUUGAAUAUCUGGAACCCCUCAGAAAGCUACUUAUGGCUGUAGAACAGCAUAGAAGGCGUGUUCCACCGGUCGACCAAUUCCUAAACGGAGAAAACAAAUUGCAAAACUGUAUACAUGGAUUUUGUAACAUGGGGCAGUGCCCCGCUAGUUCUUCACCAUUCACGGCAUCCUCUCAAUCUGGAAAUACACACAAUAUGUCUUUUCCGGAUGAGUCAACAAGAAAGUGUACCCGUGAAUCUGAAAGACUUAAACAUUACAGUGUUUCUGUCUCGGACUGUGAAGGUCAGAAGACGCUGGAGAGUAAUGACGAUGUGUUCAAAGAAAGACAACUCGUCAAAAAUCACAAAAGUCCCAUUGAUACACAGAACUCUAUCCAGUCAGAUUCUAGUUCAGAGUCGUGUAUUUAUGAUCAACCAGUGAUGUCCUUCGCUGGGUUUACGAGCACAGUGGAAAUUUAAGAUAGAAAUAUAUUUAUUUAUCACAGCUGAGAUGUGUCAAAAACUUGUCUUUCAUAUUUACAUAUGAAUUCCAUUGAUAAUAUCGAACAUUGUAAAAGGUUAUUUUCAUGUUAAGUCUGAAUAAAUUAUUAGAAAACAACAUAUAUAAUGAUGUGAUUUGGGUGAACUCAGCCGUGUAGAGUGGUAAACAUGUAUAGUAAGGAUAUUAUAUGAAUUCACUGGUGCUCAUUGUCGAUUGUAAUGAAGAAUCUGAUAAAAAAUGUUCUGAUUGUUUGAUAAAUGCCACAGAAAUUCAUUUAGUCUAAUGGAGUGUCCAGACAAACCCUACCCAACCCACGAUUUUCUGGAACCAAUUAAAACUCAUUUGAAAAUCUCGAUGACAAACUGUCCAAUAGUAUGACUUGGCCCCUCGCUAGUCAUCGCUCUCUCCACAUUGAAAUUGUUUUUUGAAAUGGUGAUGGCUAAUUCGAUAUUUGUAGACUCAAAAAAAAAAGAUAGAUAUUAAAAAUGUUUCAUUGAUGUAUGAAAAUAAAUCGAAAAUAUUGAAUUUGAUAA